CGUGACCCAGUUGACAGGCUCUGGAGGGGCUGCCGUGGCGGCGGAGUCCGCGGGGCUGAGGCGGGCGGGUGGGAGCCGAAGCCGAGCGCAGGCUACGGGAGGCGGGCGACGACUGGAGGGCUGCGAGCUGCGGCGUGGGACCCAGAGCCCUGUUCACUUUUCCCUCCCAGCCCUCCCACUCCACACAACCACCCUGUUUGCCCGUGAGCCUGGGGAACUUGCAGCUUAAAGCCAGCCACCCCCACGGCAACAUGUACCCCAGCAACAAGAAGAAAAAGGUGUGGAGAGAGGAGAAAGAACGCUUACUGAAGAUGACCCUAGAGGAAAGACGCAAAGAAUACUUAAGGGACUAUGUUCCCCUGAACACUAUUCUAUCGUGGAAGGAGGAAGUGAAGGGCAAGAGCCAAAAUAAUGAAGAAAAUACUCAGGAAACAUCACAAGUGAAGAAAAAUUUGAGUGAAAAAGUUUCUCUCUAUAGAGGUGACAUCACAUUGCUAGAGGUAGAUGCUAUAGUCAAUGCGGCAAAUGCCAGUCUCCUUGGAGGAGGAGGUGUGGAUGGCUGCAUUCACAGAGCGGCUGGCCCCUGUUUGCUAGCUGAAUGCCGUACCCUGAAUGGCUGUGAGACUGGGCAUGCGAAAAUCACAUGUGGCUAUGACCUUCCUGCAAAAUAUGUCAUCCACACUGUAGGGCCAAUAGCAAGAGGCCAUAUUAAUGGUUCCCACAAGGAAGACCUUGCAAAUUGCUAUAAAUCAUCUCUGAAGCUGGUGAAAGAAAAUAACAUCCGAUCAGUUGCAUUCCCCUGCAUUUCAACAGGCAUUUAUGGUUUCCCUAAUGAGCCUGCUGCAGUGAUUGCCCUCAGCACCAUUAAGGAAUGGCUGGCUAAGAAUCACCAUGAGGUGGAUCGAAUCAUCUUCUGUGUCUUCUUAGAAGUCGACUUCAAAAUCUACAAAAAGAAAAUGAGUGACUUUUUCCCUGUAGGUGAUAAUGAAGAAGAAGAUGUUGACAUGAAGGAAGAUUCAGAAGGAGUAGAGCCAAAAGUCCUCUCUCCACCCCACAAGAAGAGCAAAGCCAAGAAGCCGGAAAGUUCCAAAGACUCUAGCGAGGAUGAGAACGGUCCAGAGGAAAAGCAAAGCGCGGAAGACAUGGAGGGGCCGAGCCAAGAAGCAGAUGGCAUCAGUGCUGCUACUGUGCACAGCCCUGCUGCAGAAGAGGCUGCUGAAGUCUGUAAAGACGAAGAUUCUGCAAAAGAUAACAAUAUUGCAAAAGGCAGUGAAGUAACAGACCAUUCAGUGUGUGACCAAGAUCACCCCAAUGGACAAGAGAAUGAUUCAGUGAAGAAUGAGAUAAAAAUUGAGGAAGAGUCACAGAGCUCAUACAUGGAAACAGAAGAGCUUUCAUCAAACCAAGAAGAUACCACGAUUGUGGACCAACCAGAAGUGGUCCCACUAACAGAUGCCCAAGAAGAAAAAGAAGGUGAAAAAGGUGAGGACACGCUAAGAGUUCCUGUAAAAAGCAAAGGCUCCUGUGACACAGACAACUCUGCAAGUCCUGAUGUUGAAAUGAAUAGUCAGGUUGACAGUGUAAAUGACCCAACAGAGAGUCAGCAAGAAGAUUAACUAAUAGGGGCACAAGACGAAGGAACAAAGAAAUGGAAGUAGAUGCCAGUCCUCAGCCUUGCAGCCUCUGCUGGCCCUGGGGGAAGAGGGGGAGCCAGCAGCGGUGCUGUGGAGGAGGGUGGGGGAGGGGGAGGCAAGUCUCACACAAGGAUGGGGGGAUACUUUGCUCUACUUUCUCAGCUGCAUUUUGUUCUUUUUACUUGCAGAAAGAAAACAAAAAACUUUUCUUUAACUAGGUGGGGUGACCCACAUUAACGCAUCUUUCCGGCUCUGUUCCUGUAAUUUCUGUGUUUUCUCUUACAACUUCUCCCCAGGGUCAUGGUUUAGCACUCAUGUGUGUAUCCUGGGCCCUGUCUGCUUUCUUGGUUAUUUCACAAAGCUGGUUGGACAGUAGUUUCUUCAAGGAAAGGAGGAAGGCCAUUGUUUGAUAAGCUGCAGGCUAAAUUUUAGGAAUUGCCAAGCCCAAUAUCAGCAUAAUCCACAGGCAAAGGAGACAGGAGAGGAAAUGGCCAAAACCCUCAGUGAUCACUUGAAAGGUCAGGAUGAUGAUUUGAAAAUGAUGCCUUCUUCAGGGGUUCCCAAGGCACAGGAAUAUGUAAGCAGGGCUUUAUCCAGAACACAGUACAGAGAUGUGCAGGAGGGCAGGCCCUGACAGCUUUCUUGCCUCCCCUUCCAUGGGUAGGACAGCGGGGAUGUUCUUAUUUGACAUCAUCUUUCAGCAGACCUUUCUCUGUUUGUGAGGUCUUUACCAAGUGCUUCAGUGUGGAGCCCCCAAGGGGGCUGUGAGUGAGUGUGACACCAUCCUAAGGGAAUGGUACCUCUGAAUUAGCUGCCCUUAUGCAUAGUUUAUUUGGUGUACAUCUAUCUAGGCUGUUUAUUUAGGACGGGUGGGGGUAGGGGGCGCGCUGCUGCAUUUGGGAUCCAAACAUAUGCCUGUGACAUUAAAAACUCCACUUGAAUCUCUCUUGAUAUACUUGCUUUUCAUAAAAAUAAAACAUGUUAUUUUUACCCAAGGUUUGAUCGCCUGCAGAGCAGAUUCUCACUUGAAAUUAGAGGCAGUUAGAGGUCUCGCUUGCAAUUUUGGCUUCCAGUUCCCUUUAAACAGUGUGGCUUGCCCAAGCCAAGUCCAAGACUAAUGUGAUAGCUGGUCCCCUCUCUCAGCAGAUUAUGACCAUUACAGGGAGGAGCAGCUGUGCUUAAGAUCCAAGAGGUCAGUUGGCACAGGGGUGAAGGACCCAGGUGAGACGUUGCCACAAAUGGUGAGACUUUGUCACAAAUGUCUAUCCAAGAGCCAACAUGAACAAGCACCCUCAUGUGGCAAGGUGACUGCUUCCCACAGCCUCCUUGGGUUCAAGACCAUUCUCUCCCCACCCCCUCAGCCAGCCUCUGGAAACUGUUAUCAUUUCUUGCAUAGCUUCUUAAAUCCAUCUUUCUUUUAAGAGUUUCAGAAUUGUAAGUUAUUUAUUUUUCUCUUAGAAGGAUAAAAGUAAUGGAUCAACUCAAGUAUUUCUAAAAUAAAAGGAUGUUUUGCUUUUUAACUAUUCCAUGAAAUUCUUCAGUUUUGCCCUUUCCUCUAUGGAAAUUCAACUCCUUAUCUUUCUGUGAAAGCUUUGUUGGCCUCUCUGAAUUUGCUGCCCUUAUGCAUAGUUUAUUUGGUAUACUAAAAUCAAGUGCGAGAUACAGUUCUGCAUAUGUAAUAUGAUUUUUAAGAGUCCGUAUUUAAAAUAUCAGUCUAGCAGCAAUGUUUCUUUUAAGUGACCUCAUGAUUUUGGAACUUGGCCAUGUCUCCUGCCAUUUAUUCUACAGCCUUCCACUGCCAUUAGACAUCACUUUCUAGGGGGAAAGAAAGAAAGAAAGAAAGAGAGAGAGAGAGAGAGAGAGAGAGA